AUGUCCCGCAAUAAGCAUUUCUCACCGGAUCGGGAACCUCUCUCGCAUCAUCAACAUCAUCGUUCCAUGUCAGAUCCCACGCUCCAACCACACCAUGUAUCAGGCCCAUUUGCCCUCCUGAAUCCCACCUCGGCGUACUAUACACCAAAUACAAAAGUCGAUCAUCCCAGUCUUCACUCGCACGAAGCGUCUCAAGCCAAAACCAACCAGGAAAAACAAGAAGACGCGCACUCGCCCACCAACACACCUCCCCCGACCCAGGCUGUCGAGCAUAUUUGGCGCUCGCGCGAUAAUCGCAAAGGGAGACACGCGAUCCGUAUCGAUUACAAUGCUCCGCCAACAGACACCGCGCUCAUCGCGCCACAUCCCACGACGACAGCCAAGGCCAUUGCCCAGGGCAUUCUUCGCAUGUUCACGCGUGCGCCCGUCUGGGAUGUCUCGUGGCUUGUCGCAUUCACCUUUGUUGUCGGCUCGAUCAUCUGGAUUGUGAAUGCGUUUUUCGUCUGGCUGCCGCUUGUUGAUCCGUCGACGGAGUUCUCGGGAGAGGUUUCGAGUGGGGGGAGGGAUCACGGGAUUCAUCGGUGCGACGGUACGGGUUGUUUUGGAUGGGCUUUGGAAAAGGAACUGGGUAAAGUCCAUGGGGAUGGCGAUGCGUCUCGACCGGUGACGAGGUUAGAACCGCGGAUCGAGGAGUGCACACAUCACCACAUCAACCGGCGGAAUCUCGUUGGACAGGGAUUGAAGAGAACAGCCUCUGAUCCCCAUCACCAUCACCAUCACCAUCAUCAUGACUCAUUGGAUUUCUCCAACGGCUACACGACGACAUCCUCGUCCGGAAGCAAGUCCUUUCGCUGGCUCCCGUCCUGGGACGAGCUAAAAUCACACUACAUCCAUGAACUUGGCUUUCUCGCCUCGCUGAUCCAAUUCCUCGCCGCGACAAUCUUCUGGAUUGCCGGGUUCACGGGUCUUCCGGGGAUAAACAACCAUCUCAGCCAGCCCGUGGCGAACGGCGUAUACUGGGUGCCGCAGAUCGUCGGCGGUGCAGGAUUCAUCGCCAGUGGAUUACUGUUCACGCUGGAGACUCAAGAGAAGUGGUACAAGCCGGCGUUCCAUGUGCUCGGCUGGCACGUCGGGGCGUGGAACUUUGUUGGUGGGAUUGGCUUCACGCUGUGUGGUGCUCUGGGCCCCGCGAGUAGUAGUCACUCGGGGGUGGAAUAUCAGACAACGCUGGCGACGUUUUGGGGGUCGUGGGCUUUUAUGGUCGGAUCGACGUUGCAGUGGUAUGAGAGUUUGCAGAAGUAUCCUGUGGAAAGGAAACGUGGGACUAGAGGGUCAGCUACGGACAGCAAGGUGUAA